AUGGCCAGGACGCUUUGUAUACAACCUCGGCGCCAACCACAGGGGAUUGAGAAGCUCCCCACGCACAUUUUGGCAACGAUGGUGUCGUUCCUCGACUUUAAGGAUGUGCUGAACCUUACUCAAGCCAGCACCAAGUUAAACGACGUCGUCAAGCCAAACGAAUGGGUCCUGCUGCAUAAGCGAUAUGCAUUCGUUGCUUACACAUGGUUCAGGCGAGUCCAGGACUUGCCAUUCGACGAAGUCCUACUGGGAAGCGAUAAAUGGAAUAUUGUUGCAAUAGAACAUCGGCGAAGAGAACUGUGCAAGGCAUGCGGAUGUGUCAAGUAUAAACGAAAAACAUGCGAGCAUUGCCGGGAGCUUUACGCCGAAGGAGUCUUUGAUCGGAAGACACUUUACCCACUGGUGGUGGAGAUUGAAGAGAUCUUGCCCUCGCUGGAAGAUCUAUUCACCACGACAUACCGGAAGGAGAGUAAGGAGGUGGAGAGGCCAAGGCAAGAGAUGUCAAUGCAAGAGAGGUCGAGGCAGGAGAGUCAAUGGCAAGGGAGGCCAUGGCAGCAGAGGGUAUGGCAGGAGAUACGGAUACACCAUCGACCAAAGUCCCAAGAGCCUAUCAUGGUCCCAUCAGCCAGUUUCUGA